AUGCCUUAUUGGAACAAUGAAGGACGUGAUUCAUUUAUUAAACUCAUUGAACAUUCAUUCAUUAUUGUUGUUCAACCAACUGGUCCAGAUGGUUUUCCAGUUACAUAUUAUAAGAAGGACAAUUUUGGUCAAUCAGCAAAGUUAAAUGCACGAAUCAUCUGUUUACUAGAUUCUGAUGUGCUUCAAAAUUCUGUACAACUAUCAAAUAUUGAUGUGACACUUUGUUCAUUGAAUCCAGAUGUUAAUGAUAAAGGAUUGAUACAAACACCCAUUGUAUGGCAAACGCAACAUAUUACGAGUGCUGAAGGUGAACUAAUAUCAAUCUUAUAUGCUGAAGUCCAUAAUCUUACAGUUAAAAAUGCCUAUUCGAAACGUAGCAGUGGAUUGUUUUAUUCAAAUCUUUGUCAAUUAAAAUUUCGUACAAAAGUUAAAAUAAUAUUUCAUCUUGCUGACAAAAAAAAUAUGAUAUUCGAACAUUAUAUAGAAUUAUUAUCACAACCGUUUGGAAUUUCCUCUCAUUCACAACAUUCUUCCAGUAUUGUUGCCAAAGUUUUCCUUUACGAAAUUGGACAAAUUUUAGAAAAGGAACAAAAAGUGAUUAACACAGAUAUUCUGACUGAAUAUACUUGUCGAUAUCAUACACGUAUGCUAGGCGUAAAAACAAAACAACAUACAGCUCAAUUCAUUCGUGAAGUCUUUUCAAAAGCAUUUAAUGAUGUCGAACAUCGUAUGACAACUAUGACUUUAAAAUCUCUGAUUGAAAAAAGAUUGACGCAAUUUAUAAGUCAAAUAAAAUUUUUUGUUGACUAUCCAGUUUUGGCAAUAAUGUAUGAUGAUAGUCUUUUUCUUGGUAUAUGCAAUAAAACUAAAGUAGAUGAAAGUCUAUUAGGAACUUCAGAAGAACCACAAAUGUUGUUACGUUUUAAUGAUCUCUGGAAUCAUUCAUGCAAUGAAAGUCCUGAAGUUCGAUGUAUUAUUCAUAAUGGUAAAGUUACAAAAGCUUCUAUUAGUAGAAAAGCAUUUAUCGAUGAAAUGUGCAUAUUUAUCUAUGAAUCGACAAUAGAAGCAGUAAGACAAACAGUCAUUUUUUCCUACUCAGGUAGACAUGUUCUUCGUGAUUUUCAACGGUAUUAUGAUGAAGCAAUAUUUGUAUUAAGCAAAAGUAAACCUCCAGGCGCAAAUGAUUAUCAACCAUUGAUUCCUAUUCUUUGGUAUUUACGAUAG